AUGACUAUUGUACCACUGGACGAUACUCACCACACUGCUGAAUCCCACACCCACUUAGACAUUAUAGCAGUUAGCGAUCUUAAUGAUAUUGUUCACAAAGGGUGUUUGAAUGAUGAUGUCUUCCUAGAAGAUGUACUUCAAGCACCAUGGCACUCUGUAGAAACUCAGUCGACCGUUAAUGAAAUGGUGGACACAUUAAACUCAUUGAUUCUGUCACUCUUCAACAAGCAUGCUCCAGUUGAAAAACGAGUGAAUAAAAGGCGCCCAGGGCCUUGGAUCACUCAAGACAUUUUAAAUUUAAUGGCUCAACGAGACACAGUCUACCGGAAAGCCAGGAGGAUUGGUGAUGCGGUGACCAUGGAUCAGUAUCGCCGACUCUGA